UUCCCUCCCCUGUCUUGUCUUAGCUCGCUCAUUCUUUUCUAGAAAACAUGAAGGAAAGAAGUCAAGUUUGCUCGGAGGACGAAUGUCAAAUGAAAGUUUGAAAGAGGCUUCCGAGGGAGAGAGGCGAGGGGAAAAAGUAACAGAAGGGGGAGGAAGGUGGACGGACGCGAGGAAGGAAGGAAGGAAAAAUUAAGACUUGCAACGCGAUGAAAGGAUAACUAUAUUAGCGGUUUAUUACACGGAGAAGUCAAUCAUACGGCGCCAUGAGCAUACAGCCGGUUAUAAACCAAGCGACGCGUUACUUUUAAAGAGUUAAUCACUUGUUUACUUUCUGCUUCGCGCGUUGCCUCAGUUUAUUAUAGGAAUAGUCGCGGAAAGUGACUGACUCCCCGGAAAGAGCCGGAGCUCGAGGACCCGCAAGCCGAGUCGGGCCGGUGGCUGGGGCCGGAGGAGAGGCGUUGCCAUCCACUGUUAUCUGAGAAAUGGCAGGGGCAAAGCCGGGAGUCCACGCUUUACAACUUAAACCGGUGUCCGUUCAGGAAACUCUGAAGAAGGGGAGCAAAUUCAUCAAAUGGGACGAGGAGCUGAACAGCACGACUCUAGUGACCCUGAAAGUGGAUCCCAAUGGCUUCUUCCUCUACUGGAUGGCCGCCAACAUGGAGGUGGACAUGUUGGACAUAAGUUACAUCAGAGACACCAGGACAGGGAAGUAUGCCAAAAUCCCAAAGGAUGGUCGGGUGCGAGAGGUCCUGGGCUUCGGUAAAGGGGAUGGCAGCUCCGUAGAGGGCAAGCUGUUGACAGUGGUCCACGGGACUGACCUUGUCAAUGUCACCUUCCUCAACUUCCAGGCCAUGCAAGAAGACAUAGCCAAGGUGUGGACCGAGGAGCUCUUUAAACUGGCCACCAACAUCCUGUCCCAGAAUGUGUCCCGCAACACGUUCCUCUUCAAAGCGUAUACAAAGUUAAAACUGCAGAUAAACCAAGACAACAAGAUCCCUGUGAAAAGCAUCCUGAAGAUGUUCUCAGAUAAGAAGCGCGUGGAGAUGGCCUUGGAGCAGUGCGGCCUUGUAACAAAUCGGGCUGAGGGGAUUAAAGCAGAUGAGUUUACUUGGGAGAGAUUCCAGAACUUUAUCAACAACUUGUGCCGGAGGCCCGAGAUAGAGCCAGUCCGUGUGCAUCUCGGCUCGAAGGGGAAGCCUUUCCUGUCUCUGGACCAGCUCCUGGACUUUGUGAACAAGCGGCAGCGUGACUCUCGCCUGAACGAGGUGCUGUACCCGCCACUGAAGAGGGACCAGAUGCGGCAGCUGAUGGAGAAGCACGAGACCACCAGCAACCAGCUGGAGCGCGACCAGAUCUCAUUAACGGGCUUCAGCCAGUAUCUGGGAGGGGAGGAAAACUCCAUCGUGCCCCCAGAGAAGUUGGACAUCUUGGACGACAUGACCCAGCCGCUCUCUCACUACUUCACCAACUCCUCCCACAACACUUACCUCACAGUGGGCCAGCUCACGGGGCUGUCCUCUGUGGAGAUGUAUCGGCAGGUUCUGCUCACCGGCUGCCGCUGUAUCGAGCUGGACUGCUGGAAGGGCCGGCCACCGGAGGAGGAGCCCUACAUCACCCACGGCUUCACCAUGACCACUGAGAUCUCCUUCAAGGAAGUGAUCGAGGCGAUCGCCGAAAGUGCAUUUAAGACAUCCCAGUAUCCCCUCAUCCUCUCGUUCGAGAAUCACGUGGACUCUGCAAAACAACAGGCAAAGAUGGCCGAGUACUGCCGCACAAUAUUUGGAGAUGCGCUGCUCAUCGAUCCGCUGGAGAAGUACCCGCUGGUCCCCGGUCAUCCCCUGCCAUCCCCCCAAGACCUGAUGGGGAAAAUACUCAUUAAGAACAAGAAGAAGCACCACCACCGGCCAUCCAGCAGGGGCAGCGUGAGGCGCAAAGAAGAGGGUGGCGAGGCGGCCGAACAGGCCUCCCCCAACAAUGAUUGGUCUUUGAAUGAUGGGGAGGCGGGGCAGCUACUGGCCAAUGGGGAGGAGAAGCUGGCUGAGGGACUGGUCAAGGAUAGCGAACCCCACAAGUCGAUUGGUUACGCAGAGAGUGAAGAAGAGGAAGAUGAAGAUCAGGUGAUGGACCUGAAGAACAUCAAGAGCAUGCCUGACGAGGGCACGGCGAGUAGUGAGGUCAACGCCACGGAGGAGAUGUCGAACUUGGUGAACUACAUAGAGCCGGUGAAGUUUAAGAGCUUCGAGGUGGCGCGCAACAGGAACAAGUUCUUCGAGAUGUCCUCCUUCGUGGAAACCAAAGGCAUGGACACACUUAAAAGUUCCCCGAUUGAAUUUGUGGAAUACAAUAAGAAGCAGCUUAGCCGUAUCUACCCUAAGGGGACCAGGGUGGAUUCUUCAAACUACAUGCCUCAGAUCUUUUGGAAUAUGGGUUGCCAGAUGGUGGCACUCAACUUCCAGACUCUCGACCUGCCCAUGCAGCUGAACAUGGGCGUGUUUGAGUAUAACGGUCGCUGCGGCUACGUGCUCAAACCAGAGUUCAUGCGGCGUACCGAUAAACACUUCGACCCCUUCACUGAGAACAUCGUGGACGGCAUCGUCGCCAACACCGUAAAGAUCAGGGUGAUCUCAGGCCAGUUCCUGUGUGAUAAGAAGGUCGGCGUGUACGUGGAGGUGGAUAUGUUCGGCCUACCCGUCGACACCAAGCGCAAGUUCCGCACCAAGACCUCCAACGGGAACUCCCUGGACCCAGUGUGGGAUGAAGAGACCGUCUUCAACAAGGUAGUGCUGCCCACCCUGGCAUCCCUGAGGGUGGCAGUGUAUGAGGAGAAUGGCAAGUUCAUCGGCCACCGCAUCCUGCCAGUGUCUGCCAUCAGGCCAGGGUACCACUACAUCAGCCUGAAGAAUGAUCUGAACCAACCACUGCUGCUAGCCUCGCUGCUGGUCUACACUGAGGCCCAGGACUAUAUCCCCAAUGAGCACCAGGAGUAUGCAGAGGCGCUCACCAACCCCAUCAAGCACGUCAGCUUGCUGCAGCAGCGGGAGAGGCAGCUGGCCGCCCUCAUCGAGGACAGCCACGAGAUGGAGGAGAAGGAGUCAGAGGAAAGCAAGCGGUAUGUACCGUCCCCCCCGCAGCUGGACGGAGUUUUCAUCCCUCAGCCUACCCCUCAGCCCAUUCCCGACUUGCCCCCUGCAGGACCGAAAGAAGACCUCAUUGGUACCGUCAUGGCAGACAUCCCCCCCCAGUCCAUGGAGGAGCUCAAGCAGCACAAGUCAUAUCUGAAGCUGCUGAAGAAACAGUGUAAGGAGCUGAAGGAGCUGCGCAAAAAACACCUGAAGAAGGUGGGUGCCCUCAAUAAGGAGCAGCGCACUCGCAGCAGCCAGCUGGAGUCAGAGUCGCAGAGACGCCGCAGCCAGAUGGAGAAGAAAUAUAAAGGCAGCCUGAAGAAGGAGCCCCAGGAACCCAAGGAGCUGAAGGCCCUGGAGGUAGAGCUGAAGAAGCAGACGCUGAAGCUGCGUGAGGGGCAGAUGCAGGAGCUGCUGCAGCUGCGCCAGAUGCAGCACCAGCUGGAGAGGGAGAGGAAAGCGGCUCACCUCAAAGAGGCCUUUGAGAAGCUGAAGGAGGCGGCACAGGAGAGCCAGGUCACGCAGCUGAAGAAGCUGAAGGACGUCUGCGAGAAAGAGAAGAAGGAACUGCAGAAGAUUCUGGACAGGAAGAGACACAACAGCAUAAGUGAGGCCAAGACCAAGGAUCGCGAGAAGGCAGACGCGGAGCUGAAUGAGAUCAAUAGGAAACACAUCACAGAGUCUGUCAACUCACUGCGCAAACUGGACGAGGCUCAGAAGAGGCGGCAGGAUAAGCUGGUUCUGCGCCAGAGGGAGGUUCUGCAGCACAUCGACGAUGAGCUCCCUGUGCAACAGGCCCGGCUAGAGAGAGAGAUGGAUGCUGAGCUGCAGCGACUGCCAGAGGAAAUCUGCCAGUACCUGCAGGGGGAGCUAGAGAUGAACCUGGGCUCCCUCUCCAACAAUGACAGCACGAGCUCUGGCCCGCCGUCGAACAGCAGCACGCCGCCGUAUUCCCCGCACAAUCGCAGCUGGCACGAAGGACAGACCCUGGACAAUAGCGCAGCCUCAUUGGCGGACUCGUCAUCCUCCAAGACACCAGUCUUAUCAGAUGCACAGCUGACGUCAGUGUAACUUAUCAGAAUUCCCUCAUUAAACUUUGCUCCAUGCCUCCUCCCAUACGCUCACUGACCUAGAAAUAGUACUAUUACUUAAUUUUGUUUUAAGUAUCUAAAUGUUUUUUGUUUUUUUUUUUUAAAUUCCUACCCCCUAAGGCUAUUGCUAUUCUUCUGAGAAUUUUUACCAAAGCUUUUUGCUCUUUUAUUGGUAUGGGUUUCUAUGAAUGUUUUAACUUGUUAGACAUCCUUACUCUUAUCUUGGUGAAAACUGUGGACAUGAAGGGCACAUUUUAAUUCAGAGGUAAAUUACUAUUUAUUUAUUAGCUUUGCAAUUGCCUGUGUGUAGUGUGUGAAUCUGGCCACCAGGUGGUGGGCUACUGCAAUUUAGCGAUUUAGCUUUGUGACAGUGCCGGGCUGCGUUGUAUAUUAUAACAUAGAAAGAACUUGUUUACAUGAUGAAUUGCACCCCGAUCCUUUUAUAGCCAAGACAGUAAUCCAGUUAUUCUGACACCAGUCAGCAAACAUUACAAAUAAGAAGUGCAUUAAUGCUGUUGAUAUGGUAAAACGGUCCUGUAGUUGUCACUAGACAGUGGAUCUGAAAAUGAAAUGGGGAGGAUUUCCAAGUUGGUUGUGUGAGAUGAACAAGACAUUUGGUUGGAAACUACUUUCUUAAAAAGUGCCAGAUUGGGCUUGGGGUUUGCUGUGUAAAUCUGUGGUUGGAUAUAAUGUAUUCCUGCGUUGAUGGCCUGACGACUGGCCCCACCCCCUCAUAAUUGGAUGACCGUGCCCCCCCUUCCUGGCUUUGUGAGAAUGUCACCUCAUACCGAUGGAUGACUUACGGAGCCCAGGCAUCCAAUUUCACCACGGUGAUAUUUUUUGUAUCAUUAGUUUGCUUAACCAGAUCAUCCUCUUGCCUAUAAUCACCCCCCCCCCUCCAUCUGUCUCUGUGCAGCUGCGAUGGCUGCUGUCAGCCUCUGUCCCGCUGCGGGGGCUAAGGGGUAGAUAUUAGUGACUUGUGGAUUCCUGCUGGAACAGGCUGCCGGCUAGAACAGGGUCAGUCUGCAAGCGGCGCCACAGCUGCACGCCACUCAGACGGACAGUAGAUACAGUAAUAAUGACUGUAUUGGCAGCUUGCCCCCCCCCCGUGGCUGACGUCACACAUGCACACAGCCCCAUGACAUACAGCUCCAGACGGCCCUUCGGAGGGCCAUGUGACAGGCACAGGGGAGACGGGCAGAGCCGUAGUUUGGUCCCUCUCUCCAUCGGUAUCAGCAGAGGCUGCUCCAUCACUUCUGUCUUCUAUUUCACGUGAGUAUUUAGUGCCUGAUUUAGUGAGAAAGCGGAGUAGAUUUUAUUUUUUUUUAUACGUCCUUAUGUGAUCUGACUGUUUGGUUUUUGAAUAUGAAUUUUACUACUGACUAAUGGUGGAAAUGGGGGGGGUGGCUGGGCUGAG